AUGGCUCCAAACCCUGUAUCACUCGCUCGUAAAACCCCUCUCCUAAACCGUUUCGUGGGUUAUUCUCGUAGACCCUCUUUGCAUUCUGGUCCUCAGUCUAGGAUUGCAGCAAACCCUGUUCAGAUAAGGGGCUUUAGAAGCUCUUCUUUGAGCCAUUGCCACUCACAUGCUCCGCAUUCUCAUUCUUAUUGCCUGAAUUCUGGCAAUGGAGUCAUGUUUAAGGACUUGGGUCGUUCUGAAAUAGGUUUUAGGCAACUGGGUUUUGACCGGUUUCGUCUCUCCGUCGUUUCGGAUGGUGGGUCGGGUGGAACUGGUGGAUAUGGCGGUUCUGGUGAUGGAAAUUAUGGUGGCAGAGGUGACGGUGGUGCCGGAGAUGGUGGUCGUGGUGAAAACAAUUGGUCGUUGCUCUCUUGGUAUUUGGAUCUUCUUGCAAAGUAUCCAGUGUCAACAAAAGCUCUUACGUCUGCCUUUUUAACUCUCAUUGGAGAUGUGAUCUGCCAGCUUGUGAUUGAUAAAGCUCCGGACCUGGACUUGAAAAGAACAUUCUUGUUUACUCUGUUGGGGCUGGUGUUAGUAGGUCCGACGUUACAUUUCUGGUAUUUGUAUCUAAGCAAACUGGUCACAACGCCUGGAGCAUCAGGUGCAUUCCAGCGCCUUCUACUUGAUCAGUUUAUUUUCUCUCCUAUAUUCAUUGGAGUUUUCUUAUCAACAUUGAUGACACUGGAGGGAAAAUCUUCACAAGUUGUACCCAAGCUUCAACAGGAGUGGUUUUCUGCUGUUCUCGCUAAUUGGCAACUGUGGAUACCUUUCCAGUUUCUUAACUUUCGGUUUGUCCCACAGCAAUUCCAGACUGAAGAUUGCCUCACUGCCCGCCUCCUGACAUAUAAGACGUUUGUGAGGAGCUAA